AAAGACUAGAUUAGCAGGUGACUGUUACUUUAAGAGGCAGAGGGCGCGGUUGAAGGAGGACACGCCCUUGUGAUUUGAAUAUACAGUAGUUGCACACAAGAGCUGGUCUUGGAUUACGUCGGAUGUUUUUCGUGUUUAGCUAGCAGUGAGCUAACUUUUCAUCAUCUUCAUUUCCACUUUGUUUUUAAACAUUUACACCCCCCCAAUUCCCACCCCUUUCCGUCGCAUGCUCGCCCGCGGGACCAGAACAUGGAUCUGCACAUUCUGGACCACCGGCUGCGGGUCACCAGCAUAUCCAAGAGCGGACUGGUGCAUUUCACACACCCGCUGAUCAAACUCAUAUUCCUCCGGAACCGGACACGAUGUAAGUUCUUCAGUUUGACCGAGACUCCUGAGAACUACACCGUCGUGUUGGAUGAGGAGGGCUUCAAAGAGCUCCGCCCCUCGGAGCACCUCCAGGUGGAGAGCUCCGUGUGGCUGCCGCUCAACGUGGUCUCCAACGCCAACGCCUCCGUCAGCUCGCAGGCGGUGGGCGUGACCAAGAUCGCCAAGUCCGUCAUCGCGCCGCUGGCCCAGCAGCACGUCUCCGUCUUCAUGCUGUCCACGUACCAGACCGACUUCAUCCUGGUGAGAGAGAAGGACUUGUCGGUGGUGGUCAGCACUCUGGAGGAGGAGUUCAACAUCUACAGGGAGGUGGGAGGAGAGUCGCUCCUCGUCCACGGUCAGGACCUUUCCAACGGCCUGGACAAGAACGGCAAAGAGGCCAUUCAGCCGACACUUCACCCGGUGCUCAUCCCCCUUAACCAGUUCUGCGUCAUGUCUCUGGACCCGGCCACGCUGCCCUCCAUCGCCACCACGCUCAUCGACGUCAUCUUUUACUCCAACAGUGCAAAAGAGGACGAAGCGUCGUCUUCCCCCAGCCAAGACCUGGAGAGCAUCAAGUUCUUCUCCUUCUCCCUCAUCGACGGUUACGUCUCGCUGGUCAUGGACACGGACGCUCAGCGACACUUUCCCGCCGAUCUCCUCUUCACCAGCUCCUCGGGGGAACUGUGGAGGAUGGUGCGCAUCGGGGGACAGCCGCUGGGCUUCGACGAAUGCGGAAUCGUGGCGCAGAUCUCCCGGCCGCUGGCUGACUGCGACAUCUCGGCCUAUUACAUCAGCACCUUCAGCUUCGACCACGCUCUGGUCCCCGAGGAGGACAUCGAGAGCGUGACCGACGUGCUGCAGCAGCAGAGGAAGGACCCGACCGCCAGCUGAUCCUGGAGGUCCCGUCUGAGCCGAGUGCAAGCCUAGCAUAGCCUAGCAUAGCCUAGCAACAAGUAUUGACAGUCGCCACCAGAACAGCGAGCACUUGCUUCCCCGUCGUGUCUUCAGCGAGCCCUGACCCGAUCAUUGGACGGGGGCGGGGCAUGCGGUCUUCCCCUAGCCUUUACGUAAUAACGGCUAAUAAUCAGCUAAUGUCCACGCUAGAGACGGCACUUUUUACCCGUUUUGCUCCAAAAAUGGUGUCUGGGCAGUUAACUGAGGCACGACGUUUCAUAGGCGUGGCGUUUCAUAGGUCAGCUUUUCGCCAACAUUAUUAUGAUUAUUAUUAUUAUUAACCAAGGUCAUUAACUUAGAGUUCCUUAUUAUUUGCACAAAAUGUUAUUUUAGCUAACGUCACAAGGGACUUUUGAGUACAACUCCGUUUUGCACCAUUUGAAAUGUUACAUGAGUGUUUGUAAAGCGGCCUUUGUCAAUAAAAUGUACGGAAACUUGACUUUUUUGAUACCGAUUUUUUACCCCCACAGAAAAUAAUGUAAAGUGAAUUUAUCCGUUACAGGGUCAAACUGUCGUAUUGACUGGACAGGCACUGUUUUCAGUGGCAGAUUUUCACCUGGAGGGGCUAAACGUGUACAUUUUGCCCACUGGAUGUUUUUCAUUCCCAACCCUUACGACAAAAAUGGCAUAAAAAUCUAACAAAAAACGCUCAGGUUUGACAUGUUUGAAACAAUCUGAUGUGAUGAAAGUGGGGGGAAAAAAAAUGUACUACAUUUUUAUUUGCCUCUUGAGAGACGACCCAGCUUGGAUGCCUCAGAACGCCGAUCACCUGUGGCUAGCACGAUUGCAGCCCGCAGCGAUCCUUUGUGUCGUGUCUUGACCUAACUAACGUCUUUGGCAGCGCCAUCCUCUCGCUUUUCACACAGUAGCAAUCAUGUCUGCCGUGUGGAACCUGAACUACCAACACGUGCCACGGCAACGAUGUUGCGGGGGUGGCACGUUACGAAGCUUUAAUACGCCAGUUGGAAAAACAAACAACUGACGGAGGACGGUGAGUUUUCGAGGCUCACCGCGUGAUUGGUCAAGGCAGUUAACGUAGCCGUGUGGCUAACACUCGCACGUAUGUGUGUGACGGUCGAAAGGCUAAGCUAAUAACCCGAAAAAUAAUUGAAUUCAUUGGACGAGGUGACCGGCCUUGGAGUGGAGUGCUUUCUCACUUUCAGGUCCACCAACGUACUCUCACAUCCAAAGUGUCCCGAAGAAGGCGGGUCAUCCUCUGGAAGGUUCACCAGUGGCAAAUUGUAUGUUCUCUUCACAAAGUAGGUCAAUUAUGUUUCUGUCUGUUUUUUUCAUAUCAUAUAGCCAGAAGCAGUAGCAGGGGCGCGGCCAGGAAUUCUGGGUUUCAUGAAAAAAAAUUACAUUGCCCCCCCUUUAUUAAUUAAUGACUAAUUUUAUUCGGAAUUACCUAUUUUUGGUUGCUGUUGCUCUUGUCUCUCUCUGUGUUGCUGCCCUGUUGUCCCCGCACUGCCCCCUCUGUUUUCUUUUCUCUUCUUUUCUAUCCACUCCUGCUCCGGUCCGGCCGCUCCAAUUAAAUAAAUUGUGAAGAGUAUCUUACACUUUUCCCUGGCAGAGCGAAUCUGUUGAGGGCAUUUAGAUGAACACUACUAUAAUGCGCUGAUGGCUGAACAGGACCAAAAAAAAUGCCCCUGGCAUUCAAGGGACCUUGGAAUUGUCCUGACUUUUCCCCUUUAAAGGCACCCUGGCCAAUAGCACUAUUAAUUACACAUUUUUGAAGCUGUGGUGGUGGGAUGCAUGAGAGGGCGGAUUGCCGCCGCUGUGUCGUACCACUGCUGUGUCUGCCAUUUUUUUUUAGGACAAAUAGCAGCACAUAGAAGCACAUCUCCACUCAUUGUGCUCAUUGGUCAUGAAGCACAGGUGCCAUGCUUGGAUGGAACACUUGCUGAAAACUACUCGACAUCAGCUGGUGAGCUCCUGCUAGCGUAGGAGCUACCUGUUGGAGACCCCUGUGAUAGCGUCGCUGUCUAAAGCUGGACUGACUACGUGUUUCUGUCGCACAACUCCAACACACAACUAGUGUUGCGGAGACAAGUCAUAAGCAUUAUGGCGAUAACAAGAGAGCAAGUUUGUUCAGCGAUCAACACGCUGGCAUAGAUGGGCUUGGCAUGUGCCGAGCUGCCGUCGAUUGGCUGCACAUUUUACGGACUAUUGUUCGUUCUCCCGAUAAUAAGAAGCAAAGUGAAAGUCAACACAGGCUGGCGUGUCUGUCACACACGUGGAAGUACCAGCAAGGCCGACAGGCCAUUGCGGUGCACACUUAUCAAAAAUAAAGCGCAGUGAAACAUUUUUAUGAUAUUUUAAAUCGUUUUGAAGCUAAAUGUUGUCAAGAUGUGCGUAAAUAAUACGCUAUAUAUGCACCUGUAUAGCACAUGCAUGUGUAUACAUUCAUGCAAUACAUUAGUUUCAAUUGUUUUCAAGUUUUAAAAAAAAACAACUCAUUUUUAAGGUGUGGUGGCUUUAUUUUGUAGUGACGAUCAAUUACGUGUAGCGUAAACCCUGCAUUAGCAUUACAUUAUUAGCCAGUCGCAUUAUAAAUCCAUGUGAUCGGUUUGGAAUCGGCAGCAUAAAACCCUGAUUGGAGCAUCCCUAAAAUAUAUACACAGUAUAUACGGUAUGGUGUUUUUAUUAGAGGGCCCCGUUUUGGUUUUUGUGAUGAACUCCCAAAAAAAUGCAUCAAACCUGUUUGUUUUUUUUUACCAUGGGGGCGGGGGCAGAUGGAGGUCAGGUGUUCUGACAAAAAGGGCAUCAAACCCUAAAGAAUUGGGCCCAAUUUGGGAGCUCAGGUGGGUAAGUGUAGGCAAGGAUCCCCGAGUGUUGACUGUGGCAAAAAAAAAAAGUGAAACGAAGCGGACACAAAAGCGAGAGCCUCAAGUGGCCAGCGGCCGCCACGGUGAUUGCAAAAUGGACUCUGUGUCACUCGUUUGCCGUGACUCACGCCGUCCGCGGCUCGGCGACUUCAAUUUUCAAGAUGACGGCGGUGACUGUCAGAGGCUCAGGCACGUACGCCAUAACCGGAAACCCCAAACCACAACAGUCAGCUGUCAGGACAGUGAGGGAAGGAAAAAAAACAAAAGACAAGAUGACAAUCAGUAAAUCUUCUUAAAAGGACAGAAAGUAAGAUCCUUUAGAGUAGUCAGUGCACAGCUCGCAUGGCGGUAUCGAUGUACGAUGCUCCACUGUAGGAAUGUUCAGUGAAAUGUACACGGCUGUACAAGCUGCACACUGACUACUCUAAGUAGUUUUCUUUCUGUAGUGUUGUCGCUUGAUGAGAUUCCUGCUGAAGGCGUGUACCCGCGUCGCUCAUGCGGACUAUUUUUCCGUCUUUUACAAACUCGGGGGAUCCUCACACCCCCGCACGCUGGGAGGAUGCUGAAUCGAGUCAGAAAAGCUGGUGUGACAAAGCGCCGUCACACCGUGAAGCAUGUUGGACACGUGUUGCGACAUGGGAUAGUUAUUCGCCAUAAGUGUGUGUCAGCGUGGGGGGGUGGAGGGGGGGGGACGUCCUGAAUGCACUUAAAAGCGGAUCGCACCUCAGACGGGGACACCGGUGGACAAGUGACAAGUUCUACGCUCGCCAUGGCUUCCAAGCUACUCACGCACUGUGGUAAGUACGCGUGUGUCACGUGUGUACUUUCUAAUGUUUUAUUCGACAUUAUUAGCACAUGAACCCUUCAUAUAUGAAAAGAAUUAUUUACUUACAUUGCUUUUCACAGACACAGCAUUUUUAUUAUUAUUAUAAAAAAAAAUAGAAAAAUAUAUAUACACAUAUUUAAUAUAAAUGUUUUGAAAAUAAAAUCUUUUUUGCAUUUUAUUUGACAUGGUUACGCACAUUAAACGUACACGGUGGCUUACUGCAUUUUCUACGUUAACAACUUCACAAGAGUAUACGUACCACGUCACUGAAAGUGUUUGAAGUCAUGUUGAAGGUGUUUUAAGUACACAUAUGUAUUCAAAUAGUUUUACAUUUUUUCAAUCAAAUAUUUUCACAUCUUAUUGGACAAAUGCAACAAAGUACGCACAUGAAAAGUACGCUGCGGAAGACUGCAUUUCCCGCUUUAACAACUACAAAAUAUUUUAUUCCUCAAAAAAUAUACAUACCACUUUACUGAGCAUUUUAAAGGGUUUCAAGUCAUUUUAAAAUUGUUUAAAAUAUACACACAUUCAAAUAGAUUUGUAUUUUUUAUAUAAAAUAUUUUGACAUUAUUUUGGACUUAUUUAAGAUUUUUAAAAAAUAUAUUUACCACUGUAAUGAUUCUUUUAAAGUAGUUACUGGUAAUUAUUCUAACUUUAUAACCUUUUUUUUCACUGAGAGAAACCACGUGAUUCUGACCAAACAUGCUCAAGGAAAACAAAAAAAUCGACAUAUUAUUAUUAUUAUUAUUUUUAAAAAUAUAUUUUUUUUCAUUUCAAUUGUUUUGUAUGAAUAUGUGUAUAUUUUGAUAUAUAUUUCAUUCAUAUUAUUGUUCUGUCCGUUGUACAUUAUUCCUUCACACGGCCAACGGGCCUGAAAAUACACGAUAAACGGAAUCAAAUCAAAUCAAAUCAAAGUUAUGCAAGGAUGAAAUUCCUAGUUUCCCAAUGUUUUAGUCAUAAGAAGUGUUUUUAAACACCAGCGCAUGCACGCCAUACAUUCAUCUCUGCUAGUAGCAGCGCUCAUGUCCGUGAAGAAAUGAGGUGUGCGCGUGCACAAAGAGUGCACGGAUGACGUUGCUGUGAGAGUCAAGUCAAGACCUGAUGGUUAGCGUACACGUGGAGAUGUACACGGCACAUCUUUGCUACUGGAUGCUUUCCACAUUCGCUCCAUGUGAGCGCUUGUGUAGGAGUUACCGUGGCAACACAGAUGCAACCACGCUGCCCCUUGUUCUGGGUGGGGUCUGCUGGGUUAGAAGGUUACACGUGGUACAGUUUUCUGUCAUUUUAUGUUCAGAUAAGACUGUCAGCCAUUUAAAAAAAAAUGGCCGCAAAUGGGGCCAGACUUUGGAGACCACUUGGAAAGUUUAAAUCUGACAUCUUUACCAAGAACCAUCUCUUCUUUUGUUUUGUUUUGUUAAAAAAUCACAGCCCUUUGUUUGUGGUUGUGCAUUUUUCAACUCUUUUAUUUGAGCAAAAAUGGGGGAAAAAAAAUGAAAUGUUGAUACUAAUAACUAACAAUAACACAAAGCUCCAUAUUUUUAUUUUAUUAUAUCUAAUCUUACGAGAAUAACGUUGGAUUUUUGUCAAAUAAAGUCCAACUUUAUCAAGUAAAAUGUAAUAUUUUAACAAGCACAAUUAAAUUAAACUCUAAACCCAAAAAAGCCAAUUGCGACUUGUGAGAUGGUGCCCCCCCACAAAAAAUAUAUAAAAUAUAUAUUUUUGUGGAACAUCUUUUUUCCCAUUUUUUAAUACAUUACUUUAAAAAUGAUUAUAUAUAUAUAUAUAUAUAUAUAUAUAUAUAUAAACAUUUAUAAUAUACAUAUUUAUAUUUAAAUAUGACGGCUUUAUUUUUUUAUUUUUAACUUUUUUUUUACUUUUUUAAACUUUUUUUUAUUAUUAUGACGGCUUUAUUUCAAUAUAUAUUUUUGAAAAUAUGACUUUUUAUUUGAAUGAUAUAUCACUUUUUAAUUUUAAUAUAGGAUUUUGAAAAACAUGACUUAAAAUAUAAUUGUUUUUGAUAAGGCUUUUAUAUGAAUUGUUUGAAAAUAUUUGACUUUUUUAGUUUAAUGAUUUUUAAAAAGUAGAUUACUUUCUAAAAUUUAACAACCAAAAACUCCAAAUAAAAUAUAAAGAGGUCAAACUGAAAUGUUUAUACUAAUAAUUAAUAAUAACAAAUAGUGGGGUUUUUUUUAGCCUAUUUACAAAAUAAAAAAAAAAAGAAAGAAAAUGUCAAAGUGGGCCCUUACAUCCUUUGAUUUGUUAGCAUGCGCCCCCGGUGGAAAAAGGGACAAGCUUGCUAUUCGAGCGUGUUUAAAGCUUAAUGUAGCAUCUGCAUACUCCCAGUGGGGGGCAGUGAUGAGCACAGGAAGGAACUGCCUUUGUUUUCAUGAUGAAUUCAUUGUAUCUUACGUACUGAAAUCUGUCUUUCCCCAGCGCUGAUCCUGGCGUUCCUGGCACUGCAGUGGCGCCCGACGCUUCUCGCCUCCAUCAGUUGUCCCAACAUCUUGGCCAGACUGACGUCUCUGACGACGACGCUUACAUUUGAGACGGACCACCUGCUUAAGGAAUACAGGACCUUCCACGGUCUGAC